AUGGGAAGGAAUCUCCGAGUACUGAGUCUGGCAAUCCUGAUCGAGGUGCACCACCUCAUCCUGGCCACCUCUGAACCGCCCAACCUUUCGUUCUCAGAAGAUGUAUUAGCUGCUCGCCAGUUUCGGGAGCCUGACUCAGGCUCAUGCGGCUUGCUGGAAGAUAGCUCGGGAUAUUCCAGCAAACAAGCGGGCGAGGACCCUGUGUCUCUUCUGAUGACGUCCCAAUCCAGACACGCUUUCUUGUCUCGUACUUCUGCCAGUAGGAGGAUUCCGCCAACAUUAGAGCUGCUUGAUGGUUCUGAUCAUCAGGGUGCUUCUAGUGUGAGUGAAGCGAUGAAAAUGAAAAGGCCGGCGGAUGUCCAACCAAGUUUCCACUCCAAGCUCUCGAAAAAUGAGAAGGGAGGCUCUCAUAACGCUCGCCUGGACUUGAGCUUAUCCUUGGAUCUCCCCGGACGGGGCAACGGUCCAGCCAGCCCUACCCGUCUAAGGAAACCUGGACCUAUCGGUCAUUAUGAAUUGAACCGCCCGAUUGUAUCAGGAGCAGGCCAGAUACCCGUCACAGAGGUCCGAGCCGAAAGCCAUCCGGCGCUUGGAAGUCUGCAAGGUCAUAUCAGAUCUCGAUUUCUUCCAGCCAUAGGAAGGCUCCAAAAGAAUUACACGCCCCAUCAGGCGACGGGCGGACCUCUGAGACAAUUGAUGUUAGAAACCGAAGUGGAACGGCGGCUUCAGAUGCCCAAUAAGUUCAGCUUCCAAGCUGGGAAAAUAUUGACGGUGAACCAGCCCGACAUGGCUCGAACAACCAACCCUCUGAUCUCGAACGAGGCCUCCUCCUUCUCGAAAUCGGACUGGGAAGAGCGCGUGUUCCGCUUGGAGGACAUGAAUCCCAAGCUGUGGGCGUGGUUCUCGAUCAUUUGGGAAUAUGUUCGGGAGUCCAUCGUCGAGGAAGUAAAAGUGCACAUCACCCCUCACAUCCCCACCUUGACAAUGGCCUUCCAAGACCCUGAACCAGGAAAAUAUCGUUUGAAUCCCUUAGGACUACUCGAGAAACAAGUGCAAGACUUCGCGUUUCUACUUUGGGCAGUCAAUCUUAGGACACUCGAAGUCCUCGGCACCGAUCGAUCUGGUGGACUCUACAUUCAAGAACAAAACGCUCUCUUUAUUUGGUUCUGUCACUUCGCCUUGAUCCAUAAAAAGUAUCAACAGAUUGGGUUCUCAACAAGCUUAACCGAACAAGCCAGAGAUCUAUACGAUCGGAUCACGGAAGCCAUCCAUUGUGAUGAAUACAAAGCAACCUACACGUUAUAUCGAGCGAAUCUGAUGAGAAAAGUCGUCUCACAGAAGCAAGUAUUGAUGAAUCAGGCCGUCGUUCUUACUCUUGCGUUCUACUACAAGAAUGUCAAUGAAGAGAAAUGGUACCAGGUGUUUGGGGGCGAGCGGAAGUUUGCCCUGAAUGUUUCCAACUAUGGGUCGGACUGGUUGGACCGACCUAUGAAGGAGCUCAAACGAGCCAGAGGGGAUCCGAUUGCGAAAGAAGAUCUGGGGGAAGCUCCAGCGGAUGAUCCGGUCCUGCUCCCGUGGAGAGAGGCCUGCACACAAGCACUCCCUUUCCUCACUUCCAAUCUUGCCAUCACGUUGGUCCAAUUCGAUCAUCUCUAA